UGCUUCUCAUUUUCACUCUCACUCUCCCUUCUCUCUCUUUUCUGACUGUCUCGCUCCUCCUCUAGGGUUUUAGGGUUUUCUGAUUCUUCCAAAUCCGAAAAAUCCGAAACGCCAUGGAAAAGUUUCAGAAGGUCGAGAAGCCGAGGCCCGAAGUGCCCAUCAACGAGAACGAGAUCCGAAUCACCACCCAAGGCUCUAUCAGAAACUACAUCAGCUAUGCCACCACUCUGCUUCAGGAUAAGCGUGGAAAAGAAAUUGUCUUGAAGGCAAUGGGACAGGCAAUUAACAAGACAGUUGCAAUUGCUGAAAUUAUAAAGAAGAGAAUUUCCUGGUUGCAUCAGGAUACCGCCAUCAGCUCUGUAAGCAUAACUGAUGUGUUUGAACCGAUGGAAGAAGGUCUUCUCCCUGUGGAAACGACUCGUCAUGUCUCAAUGAUUUCAAUCACAUUAUCAACAAAGGAGCUAAACACAAACUCUCCCGGGUAUCAAGCCCCAUAUGCUGCGGAUCAAUCAAAGCCACAGCCGAAUUACCAACAGCAGCAGCAACCAAAGCAAGCACGUGUUCCUUACAAUGCUGUUAAUGAAGGUGAUGAUUCGUAUGGCCGGGGACGGGGACGGGGACGUGGUAGAGGAAGAGGCCGGAAUUGGGGCAGGGGAGGAGGGUAUGACAAUUAUCAAGGUGGAUAUGGAAACCCUCAAGGUGGAUAUGGGAACUAUCAAGGUGGAAACCCUCAAGGUGGAUAUGGGAACUAUCAAGGUGGCUAUAGAAACUAUCAAGAUAAUGAUGGAUAUUCAAAUCGGGGACAAGGUGGUGGACGUGGUAGAGGUUGGGGUUACCGUGGUGCUGGUUAUGAAAGGAAUGGUGGUGGCUAUGAAAGGGGUGCUGGUGGGGGGUAUGAAAGAGGUGGUGCUGGUGGAGGUUACGAAAGAGGUGGUGCUGGUGGAGGUUACGAAAGAGGUGGUGCUGGUGGUGGUUACGAAAGAGGUGGUGCUGGUGGGGGUUACGAAAGGGGUGGUGAAAGAGGUGGUGCUGGUGGGGGUUAUGAGAAAGACGGUGCUGGUGGAGGUUAUGAGAGAGGUGGUGCUGGCGGGUAUGAGAGAGGUGGUGCUCGCAGGUAUGAGAGAGGUGGUGCUCGCAGGUAUGAGAGAGGCGGUGCUGGUGGAUACGAGAGAGGUGCUGGUGGAUACGAGAGAGGUGCUGGUGGUGGAUACGAGAGAGGUGCUGGUGGAUAUGAACGAGGUGGCAGAGGUGGAGGGGGCAGAGGGUACAACCAGGGAAAAGGACGGACAGGUGGGCGCACAAGGGGUGGUGGAACUGGAAACCAAGCAUAAUUUAAAGUAGGUGAUAUUUUUUGCUUCAGCUACAAUGCAUGUGCCCUUUUGCCCGUGAGGGUGCGUUUUUAUCAGAAUACUGUUUCAAUGGCGUGAAAUGUGGCCCUUCGAUAUUUGGCGUUGUUUAAACAGUGUCUAUGUUGAUGUUUUCCUCCUGCGUUGCGUUAUAUUUUUGUGGAUAUGGGCAGCCUUGUAUUGGGUUUUGCAUUUAGCGUUUAGCAUUUAGCAGCCAAGUGAAAAAAAGGGGUCGGUUUUAGUAUUGCUGUAAUUCUUUUGACAUUAUUGUAUCUAGUGCUUCCUUAAAAUAUAUCUUUAUUUCUUUUAAACCAA